CAAGUCUUUCCCUGAUAUUUCACACGCUAAAACUAUAACUCCAACAGCAACAACGACCUUAGAUUUCUCUUCACCCUUUAUAAGCCGCCCUCUGUCACUUUUCUGGUUUGGUGUUUUCUAUCAAGUUCUUUGUUUCCUAUUCUUUUGAGGUUUUUACAUGUUUUGGCUCUCUGGUUUUUUUCAUUUCAUGAUUUGGUGAACUUGGUCGUUGCAAUUCAUUCUAUGACUCGUGCUAUUCCGGGGUUCUAAAGGGGUUGCUAGAUGCUGGAAUUAAUUGUUUAAAACACAUUUUUGGAGGCUUUAAAUAAUGUGGUAUGGCCUAGUAUUAAUCUGGGUUUCAGGAAUCAUGUUGAUUCAGUCAACUCAACCGUGAAGACUUGGGUCAAAUUUUGCAGUGGCCUUGAAGAAAGAGAAUUCAGCAAUUAAAAAGUCUAUUGAAGUCGUCUCCUUUUGUUGCCUGGAUAUGCGCCUCAUAUGUUAAUUUGCUAAGUUGAAGAUAAAAGACAAACUCAGUUUUUUUUUUUCCGUGAUUGCUGAAUGAUAGAUUUGUCUGUUGAGACCACACUCCUUUGAUUCAAGUUUAUUGGGGUUUAUCUUGGUCACUUUGCAUCAUUGGUUUGCUGUAUUGAGAAUGAACAACAUUGAUUGAAGUAAUUAAGGUUUCCAGAGUUGAUUUUGCAUGUUUCUCUCUUUCUUCAGUAUUUGGAAGCAACUAGCAGAAUAAGUGAUGCUUCAUUUGUAAUUUAGUUUUUAUGGAAGUUGAGUGCGUUAAUUGAUCGAGAAUGAUUGCCUCUAAGUUUAGUCUACUGCUGUUUAUGCAAUUAUCAAGAUUCUUUGCCUCUGGGAUUGAAAUAAAAUCGAAGAUUUGUGGCACAGAUCAUAUAGCCUAUUCAAAUUUGUAUGGUCAAGAAUUGUUUUAUUUGAACGGCAAUCUAGUAGAUGAAGUUUUCUUCUGUAAGGCCCUGCAGUUGCACCAUGCAGAUCAGUGUGUCUUUGAAGGCUAUGGUGGAACUGAUUACUGUGGUUUGGACCUUUCAUUAGCUGAUUUGUAUGUAGGAGGAGGAAGAAAAUUAUUGCAGGGGCCUAAGAAAGGAGAUGAUGUGCCUGAUCAUAAUGGGAAGAAUAAAAAAAAAUAUUCGGCCUCGACCAAAAUAGAGAUGGUAGCAGCUGGAAUUUUUUUGAUAUGUUGCGUUUGUACCUGCCCCUGUCUUUGUAGGAAAAAGAGGGCAACCGACCACACUGUUCUUACAAGGGAUCCAAACUCAAUGGAUUCAGCUUCCUCUUUGGAAAUGAAUAUUCAUUCUCCUCUGGAAAAGAUUCCAGCCAUCCCACCAAGGGUACCACCUAGUCCUUCAAGAUUCUCGAUGUCUCCAAAACUUAGUAGAAUUGGGUCAUUGCAUCUCAAUAUGGCUCAGGUGGUCAAAGCUACCUCUAAUUUCUCUCCAGCACUGCAGAUAGGUGAAGGAGGGUUUGGAACUGUCUACAAGGCCCAGCUAGAUUCUGGCCAGAUGGUUGCCAUUAAACGGGCAAAGAAGGAACAUUUUGACAAUCUGCGAACUGAGUUCAGCAGCGAAGUUGAACUUCUAGCCAAAAUCGAUCAUAGGAACCUUGUGAAGCUACUUGGUUAUGUUGAUAAAGGAAAUGAACGGCUUAUUAUUACAGAAUAUGUACCAAAUGGCACUCUGAGAGAUCAUUUGGAUGGUCAGCGUGGCAAAAUACUGGAUUUCAAUCAGCGUCUUGAAAUUGCCAUUGAUGUUGCUCAUGGCCUUACUUAUCUCCAUCUCUAUGCAGAGAAGCAAAUUAUUCACCGAGACGUGAAGUCAUCCAACAUACUUCUGACAGAAAGCAUGCGGGCUAAAGUGGCCGAUUUUGGAUUUGCAAGAGUUGGCCCAAUGGACUCGGACGAAACACAUAUUUCAACCAAAGUGAAAGGAACAGUUGGUUACCUUGAUCCAGAGUACAUGAAAACCUAUCAACUUACAACCAAGAGUGAUGUGUACUCGUUCGGGAUUUUACUUAUAGAAAUUCUGACCGGGCGUCGUCCUGUGGAGUUAAAAAGACCAGUUGAAGAGCGUGUGACAAUUAGAUGGGCAUUCCAAAAGUAUAAUGAAGGACACAUAGUGGAAUUGGUGGAUCAUAUGAUGGAGGAAGUUGUAGAUGCGGAGAUACUAGUGAAGAUUUUUGCUUUGGCAUUUCAAUGUGCAGCACCAAUAAGAAAGGAUCGACCAGAAAUGAAAUCCGUGGGAGAACAGUUAUGGGCAAUAAGGGCUGACUACCUUAAGAGUUCAAGGCGAGGGUAGCACAAGAGAUUAAACUGUAGUUUCUUUCCCCUUACCUCAAUCGGGUUUUUUUUUUUAAUGCUUGUUGUCGUUGUUCACCUUCUUUUCUUUUGUUUUUCCCCCUCUUUUCAAGCUCACUGUAAAAACCAAAAUUGGUCUUAACCAAAAGCUAUGAUGUGCGUUUGCCUCGUUCUCUUGCUUCAAUUGUCUGACAGUCAUUGUGGCAAAGUGUCGGAAGUAAAUAUGAACAGGAUUCAUUUUUAUAUAUAUUUACAUCACUUUCAAUUAUAUUUGAUUUCAUUUUAGUUCAAUGAUCAAAUUUAGUUUGGAUUUUGGAGGCUUACCUUUCCAUUUUAAGUGGCUUGAUGCUCAAUCUGGUACAGCUCCCCAAAAGUACAGAUAUACACCAGAGUUCCUAUGUUGAGUUGAUUCUAGAAGCCUUGGUAAUACUUUAUGCAUGUCAUUCUUUUCUGUCAUCAAAGAAUUAAGGUAGCCAUAGUUUCUAAAAUGUAAUUAGCAUAUUCCCAAUUCGAAGGGUGAAAAACCUUGCGCUUUGUUAUUACAUUGGGAUAAACUCAGAAACUGACCCAUAAACCA